UUUCUUGGCGGUUACAAACUGAUAAGUGGUUGUCCAUGUUUUUGGCUAGAGGUUUCUAUAACUUCAACGAAAUUGAGGUUUCAAUAGUGGAGCUAUUCUCUGUGAUGCUUGCUCAUCAUGAACCAGAGCAGCGAUUAAUAGCAUUGAAGCACCUAGGUAAGCUAGUUGGCCAAGAUGUCGAUGGAGACACGGUUGUGAUUUUUUCAAAAACACGCGAUAAGUUGAUCUCUCCCACGACAGUCAGCGCAAUUCCGGAGUCAAUUCUCUCCAUUCUUAUAUCAAGUACAUGGGACUAUGUUACUCUGAUGGCCUCUUCUGAUACAUCUUUUGUCUUGAGGACUCGUGCAAUGGCCCUUCUCGUAGAUUAUAUUCCCUUUGCUAAGCGGGACCAGCUGCAAUCAUUUCUUGCCUGUUCAGAUACUGUUCUUCAUGGUUUGGGAAAAUUUCCACAGCCGUCUUUCGAUUGUCCUCUCUUCCAAGUUUCUCUGGCACUGAUUGCAGGCGCUUGCCUGUACUCUCUGGAAGAAGAUAUUUCUUUGAUUCCUGAGAAUGUGUGGAUGAAUAUUGAAACUUUAGCCGCCUCAGAGAAUGAAAGUAAAAUUGGAGAUCUGGAAAGGAGGACUUGCCAGGUUCUCUGUAGAUUAAAAAUCAAAGGCAAUGAGGAGGAAGAAGCUCUGAGAGAAGCUCUUUCUUCAACUACAAUAAAACAACCUGAUCCUGAUUUUGGAAGUACCCGUGAAGCAAUUCUUCAGGUACUAACAAAUCUAACUUCUGCUCAAUCAUAUAUUGAUGCGUUCUCCACGGAGAUUGAACAUUUUACGGAUCAAGAGGUUGAAAUGGAAUUAGAAGUUAUUCAAAACGAACAUCCAUCACAGCAGCUGGUAAAAACUUCCAAAGAGAGCCACCAAAUUGCAUCUCCAGCUGCAAUUUUUAUCUGUGCAGCUCCUCCAACGGACGAAAGCCGCAUUAAGCAAAUCAAGGAUCGCAUCGUUUCCAUAGACAAGUCCAAACUUAGAGAAGAUAUUAUAGCCCGCCGGCAAAAGAAACUUGUUAUGAGGCAUGCUCGUCAGAAGUUCCUCGAAGAGGCUGCACUGCAUGAAGCAGAGCUUCUGCAAGAGCUUGAUAGGGAGAGGGUAGCAGAAGUGGAAAAGGAAAUUGAAAGACAACGGCUACUGGAAACUGAACGUGCGAAAACAAGAGAACUCCGUCUCAACCUUGAUUUGGAAAGAGAGAGGCAGACACAGAGAGAACUUCAGCGUGAAAUGGAACAGAUUGAGUCAGGAGUAUGGUCCUCGCGACGUGAAAUUCCGUCCUCCAGUCAGACUAGUCGGUCCCGAGACAGGUACCGAGAAAGGGAGAGUGCAAGGUCCAGUGCUGAAGCAAGUGGUAGAACCACAGAACCGCAAGUUCUUGCUCGGUCAUACUCUGGCCAACCACCUGUGAUUUUGCAGUCGCGAGAUCGUGCCGACGAAUAUGGGAGUGGUUACGAGGAAAAUCUUGAUGGGAGCAAGGACUCAGGUGAUGCAAACAGCGUUGGGGAUCCAGAGCUGAUGUCGGCAUUCGAGGGGCAGUCGGGGCAAAGGCACAGUGGCUCCCGUGGUAGCAAGUCGAGGCAGGCAAGAGAGAGGGAGAGAGAAAGCCGACGUGAAGGCAAGUGGGAGAGAAAACAUCCUUAAUCCAACCUCUAAAACUUCUGUCGCCCAUCUUGUAUCCUACGAGGUUAAUGUGACUUAAUGGUCGAUCUUGCUCUAAAGAUUUUUUUUCGUGUUCAAGGAAAUGGUUGAAUGAAAUCAAAUGAUGGUGCAGAUUUCUACGCUUUUAUUUUAUAACCCUUCUCUACUUUCUUUUAACAA